AUGGACGUUUCUUUGUCGGUCGAGAUCGGGCCUUGCUGGAGCAUCACUGCCGGUUUCGAAGGUGAUUCGGAUUUAGAAUAUUUCUCCUCGAAUGUUGCUAAAGCAUUGGCCAAAAGGGUUCUCAACAAAUCUUCUAUUUUGCUUAUUCGGCCUACUUUUGCCGAGACAAGUAGACUUGUCAGGGGCCAGUGCGACCUGCUUCUUUGCUCUGCCUUUCGCCUACACUUUGAGGCCUUGUUGGAAUUGCUCCCGGACAGCAUUUCAAGUGGCCUUUCCACUACAUCCGCAACAUUUGACCGCGGGAACUCUACCUCCAGACGCUACCGCCAGCACCGAAGAAUCACACCUACAACUUUUCUGCCGAUAAAUCUCGCCAGUUUGUGCUUCCUUGCCUCUCCGUUGUUCCACUUUAUUGACGUUUUCUUUCUAGUCAUGGCAUUCCAUUUGCCCUAUCCAAGUUUGCAUCCGUCUCGGCAACUGCAUUCACUUUGCAUUUGUCGAUUUCUCCUUCAUAAGUAG